UCCAGUUAGGGAUAUUCCUUGGAAGAAAUUGUGAGCAUCUUUGCCUUGGAAACUCAAGCAUUAUGACGUCGCGACGUGUUAAUCUAGUUGAGACAGUAGAUAGUCUCAUCAAGAAGGUAGGACAAGGCGAAAAAUGGUACCGCUGUUUCGCAGCGCUAGCUAAACGUCAGCACCGUCUCGUCAAACGGUAUUGGGAAACAAAACGCAGGAUGGAACAUUUCGAGGCGAAAUUUCGUGAAAAGCAAGAUGAAUGCUCCCAGCAUCAGGCCCACGUAAUUAAACUGAAAACGGCUCUGGAAACAGAAACGGAAGAGCAUGCUCGUGCUAAACAAUACGUCCGGAAAUUGGUCAAACAGUUACAGAGUGCUAAAGAAUAUAUGAUAGGCUUGGAAGCACAAGAGGAACGCACUGUCGAUUUGAUUAACACGAUCUGCACUAGUCCCAGGCCAUUCUACCAAAUCCCCUCUACCGCUACACUUGGAAAUAAAUCAGGAUCGCUUUUAGACGAAUAUGAGGAGAAUUCCAUGCUGUCAUCAGAGGGUUCGACGUCGUCGGCAAGCCGGGAUCACCCGUUCGUUUCAGAGCGACGGGAGGUUGAACCUGAGAUGGGAACCGGAAGUCAACCCGAGAACGAGUCCUUGAGUAGCAAUGCUACGGCAACUUCAGCGGAAUCCAUGUCAUCUAAUCAUGAAGACCUUUUGACGAAGCACCAUCAAACGCCGCUCAAAGUGUCUCAUCGUAAACGGCUUUCGAAUGAUGAAGAGGAUGACGUAGUAGCGAAAAAAAUUGGACGAAAGUCUUCUCGUAUAGCAGCGUCAUUGACGGUUUCAGUGGAUGAAAACGCUAAGAUUUUGUCUGCAGAAGCUCGAAUCGGUGGAAAGAGUGCUGCUACUCCUGCACAUUCAGGAUCGUCGGGAGCUUCUUCCCGAAGACGCAGCAAAAGUGUUGAUGCUCGGCUGGAUGGUGCUGCAAAAGCUGCGAUCACUUCCGCACCAUCCGAGGACGACUUAUUUAAUACCCCUAGCAAAAUGCUGGGUUCACCUAUGUUUCGCAGUCACUCAGCGAGCAAACUGACGAAUAAGCAGCAUCAUUUUAUCAAUAAAACUGUGAUAGCAUUUGAGAACUGUGCAAAGUGUAAGCGCCGAAUGAAGUUCUACAGGGAAGCACUGCGAUGCAUUGAAUGCAAUCUGACUGUUCAUCAGGAGUGUCGUGAAAAUGCGCCACUUCCAUGUAUUCCAUCCGUGUGCAAGACACCUGUCAAGGGCAAGCACAAGCUGUCAGAAUUCUGUCCGCAAACAGGGCCCCGGGUGCCACCAAUCCUUAUUAACUGCUUCCACGAGCUGGAAAAAGACCAUCGCAUUCGCGAGGUCGGUCUUUAUCGAAUAUCUGGCCAGCGAACUGAGGUGCAAUCUGUUGUACGCAAGCUACAGAAGUCUGUACAGCAUGACCUUUCUCAGUAUGACACCCAUGUUGUAACCGGGGUGGUUAAAGAUUUUCUGUUACACUCACUGAGUGAGCCGCUCGUACCGUCAUCGAUGUACAACCGCUUUGUUAAGGCUACGGAGCCCGAGCAGUACGGCCACUCCGAUGGAGUCUUGCGCACAGAGUUAGAGGGCUUGCCCCCAUGCAAUCGCGAUACGCUGGCAUAUGUGAUGUUGCAUAUCAGAGUCGUUGAGGAGAUUCCCGACAACAAAAUGGAUCGCGAGUGUCUCACAAAGGUAUUCGCCCCAACUAUUGUUGGAUACUCUUUGCAAGCGCAGAUGAACCCAGCACUGAUGAAUCAGGAGUUGACUCAGCGUAUUAUGUUCUGCCUGCUAGCAAUUGAGCCGACAUUCUGGGAUGCUAUAAUUCAACGGGCGCACCGAAAGGCCUCACGAGUUCCAUCAAAGGAACGCACACCAUUAUCCAAUAGGACACCUGUGUUCGCCUCACCUAAGAUAAGCUAAAUUUUCCGUUCAGAAACAAACGAAGCUGGUUUGUUUCUCAAGCGGCAAGCCUGAUCUGCCUUGGAAGACGGCGGUCUAGAUAAGUGGAUGGAAUAAAUCAGUUGUCCUUUUAUAGGGCGUUAGAGACGAUGACACUCAUGUAAGAAAAAGUCCUGAUUAGGCAGCCUUUCGAAAUUAUGAUGUUUCUGCUAAUUCAUCUAGUUCCCUUUGGUAUGAAUUUGAAAACUCUAUAGAACGCCAUGCACAGUUAAUACUCAGUCGCAAUUAGCAUGACAGCGAAGUUCUCGAAGAGCGGCAAAAGUUUUGCUACACACCUGAGUGAAUGUAUCGAAGAAGAAAAAUUAAAGAAAUUCGCUUAGUACACCUAUAGAAUAAGUACAGCAUGAUGCAAAUAGUAUGACUUCAUAUGAGUGUCUAUUAUUCCGCCGAUGUAACUUCAUUGCUGGAAUAUUGUAAGCGUCUUGUUUUUUUGUUUGUUUUCGAGCUCUUCAUAUUAUUGACCCACAGCAAAUGAGCUCGAAAUAGUUGAAUUUUGAAACGUGACAUAGUGAUCAUCUUCAUAUACCUGAUAUAGUCCGGUACAUGACAAUCUCGAAUUGUAUCUUGGCUACAGCAAAUUUGAUUGGUAUUUUAUCGAAAAAGAGAAAGUACUUAUCAUCUGUACACAUGACGGUGAUUCGAGUGGUGGGUAACGCUUAAACAGAUAAACUUGCCGCCGACAAACGCCACAAAUGAAGCUCGACAUGUAAUUGUGUAUAAACAAAAGGACGUAGGCAUUUGAUAUAUAUUGACGUAGAUUCAGAUUGUAGAUUUUGUAGGUGCACGCGUGUACGUCAUAGGAAAGGCACGAAGCUGAACAAAUGCGCGACAAUUCCAUAACAUUUACGUAUAUAUAUAUAGAAAGAGGAUCAUUCAUUCUUAGCCCAAAUGCCUAGGUUUGCCCGUAUUCGUACAUACAAGUCGCAUUGACAGAAUUAAGUCUACUUAAUAAAUCUUUAAGUAUAGUUCGACAAGGUAAAAUAUGCCUUUGAUUGUAGUUACUGAUACCUCGAAAAUAAUUUAAAUAUUAUCUGCUUCCGCAAUAAAUGCUGUCAUACCACAUGGCGGAAGCUAAAGACUGGUCGAUUAGUUGAAAGUUAAUCUGUCGUGUAUUGGUACUGAGAAGCAAAGCCGUCUCGUUAGCAUUCACGCACCAGGACGUGUUUAUUUGUUGGCACUGGCGUAUAGCAC